AUGAAGUUGGACACCAAAGCCCUCCGGCACCUCACCAUUGAGGACUGGCGUGUCCUUGCCGCUGUCGAGAACGGCACCAAGACCCACGAUCUCGUCCCAACGCCGGUCAUCGAGAAGCUCUCUCGUCUGCGAGGUGGUGUGAACCAUGUAAACAGAUCCAUAUCCGCCCUCGCCAAGACGGGCCUCAUUUCCAAGAUCAAGGAGGCCAAGUACGACGGCUACCGAUUGACCUACGGAGGCAUGGACUACCUGGCCCUCCACGCCUAUGCCCAGCAGGACGUCGUUUACAGCGUCGGCACCCGCAUUGGUGUGGGCAAGGAGAGUGAUAUCAUGAUAGUUGCCGACAAUAAGGGUGUACAGAAGGUCUUGAAGAUCCACAGGCUGGGCCGGAUAAGUUUCCGCACCGUCAAGUCCAACCGAGACUACCUGAGGAAGUCGAGACAAGGUCAGGGUGGCAGUUGGAUGUACCUCAGCCGCCUGGCCGCCAUGAAGGAGUAUGCAUUCAUGAAGGCUCUACAAGACGAGGGGUUCCUUGUCCCAGAACCUAUAUCACAAAACCGUCACACCAUACUCAUGAGCCUCGUCGAUGCCUUCCCCUUGCGGCAGAUCUCCGAGGUUGGGGACCCAGCUGCCUUAUACUCAGACCUGAUUGACAUGAUCCUUCGACUAGCCAAGCACGGUCUGAUUCACGGCGACUUCAACGAGUUCAACCUUCUCAUCAAAGAAGAACGCACACCACCCUCAUCCGACGACCCCGAUGCAGACGAGACAAUAAAGGUAACACCCGUAUUGAUCGAUUUCCCACAAAUGAUCUCGGUUGAGCACGCAAAUGCCGAGGAGCAGUUCGAUAGAGAUGUGAAUUGUAUCAAGCGUUUCUUUGAGCGCAAGUUCCAGUUCGUAUCCACAACCCCAGGUCCCUUUUUCAAGGACGCCAAAAAGACUGUUGGCAGUGAUGGUGCUAAACGUCUUGAUGCUUCUGUCGAAGCAUCUGGUUUUACCAAAAAGAUGCUCAAGGAUCUUGAGGCUGCCAUUCGAGAACAGCAGGCCCAACGGCCAGAAGGCGGCGAGGGUGAGUACUCUGAGCCGGAAGAUGACGAGGACGAUGCGGGAGAGGACGAGCAGAAUGACCACGAUAGUGGCGGCGAUGAAGUUGACGCUAGUGGUGCUUACCAUGAAGAAGAUACCGCAAGCGACAGCAGGAUGGACUUUUCCAAGUUGUCUGUCAAGGACCACACAUAG